AGAGCAUGCGCAGGGUCAUUGCAGUCGUUGCAAGUCUGGCUUCCACGCGGUUGCAGUGGCUCGGCCAUGCAAUCAUCCAGCCUUCGCGCUGUAUUGGCUCCAGAGGCUUCCUGGCUCAGAUUACUUUACACUACGUGCAGCUUCGGCCGAACUGCCUCCGUCUGUUCCAGUGCCUGUCCAAGCCACCCGCUGUCGGGAUGGCGGCUCAGAAGGCACCCUGGGCCAUGUGGUUGGCGGGGGUGUCUGUUCACAGCACAGCGGUAGCCGCAUUGUCUCUCAAGGCCGACAGCGCCCUGGCGGCCCCAGAGGCAGCCGAGAGAGCCGCUGCUCGGACGGCCUCCGUCGCCCUGCUGCCGGAGACUGGCAUCUACAUGCAGAAAGGAGGCGAGUUUGUGACGUGGGGUUCAGGGAUGGACCCAGCAUCGGGAUCUGAUGCGCAAGUGUGGUAUAUGCGCAAGUGCUCUGGAACUGACGCCGCUGCCUGUUUGGGCGACGGCAGCGCCUGGACGUCUACCACCAGUGCGCUGCUCUCGGGGGACGUGGUGGCGUGGCACAACAAGCAAUCAGGCCUUGUGUAUGACUGUGCACAUGGGGGUGCACCGAUAAGCCCUACCCGCCGCCGGGCGGACACUGGGGAACACCGUACCGCAUCAUCACGUUAUCCAGUGGUUCAGCUGUCAGCGAUGGUACUCCGAUUUAUUCAAUCGUGACGAGGUGUAUUACUACGGUAUGCAAUACAGUGUUUUCACGUCGUCUCACAUUAUCGGCUGCGGAGAUUCGUAUUGCACUGGUUCGUCGUCAAAUACAAUCAGCGGGAACACGUUCAAGCUGUGUAGCUCCUACGAAUGCGCCGACGCCCUGCUGCCGGAGACUGGCAUCUACAUGCAGAAAGGAGGCGAGUUUGUGACGUGGGGUUCAGGGAUGGACCCAGCAUCGGGAUCUGAUGCUCAAGUGUGGUAUAUGCGCAAGUGCUCUGGAACUGACGCCGCUGCCUGUUUGGGCGACGGCAGCGCCUGGACGUCUACCACCAGUGCGCUGCUCUCGGGGGACGUGGUGGCGUGGCACAACAAGCAAUCAGGCCUUGUGUAUGACUGUGCACAUGGGGGGUGCACCGAUAAGCCCUACCCGCCGCCGGGCGGACACUGGGGAACACCGUACCGCAUCAUCAAGUUAUCCAGUGGUUCAGCUGUCAGCGAUGGUACUCCGAUUUAUUUAGGUGACGAGGUGUAUUACUACGGUAUGCAAUACAGUGUUUUCACGUCGUCUCACAUUAUCGGCUGCGGAGAUUCGUAUUGCACUGGUUCGUCGUCAAAUACAAUCAGCGGGAACACGUUCAAGCUGUGUAGCUCCUACGAAUGCGCCGACACAUCCACGGCCAGCCCCACGUCCAGCCCCACGGCCAGCCCAACGGCCAGUCCGACUGCCAGCCCAACGGCCAGCCCCACGGCCAGCCCCACGGCCAGCCCGACUGCCAGCCCAACGGCCAGUCCCACGGCCAGCCCGACGGCCAGUCCCACGGCCAGCCCGACGGCCAGCCCAACAGCCAGCCCCACGGCCAGCCCGACGGCAAGCCCGACCCCGAGCCCGACGGCCAGCCCCACGGUGAGCGCGACAGGUGAUCCUCACCUCACCAACCUGUUCGGACAGCGAUUCGACCUCCACAGGGAGGGAUGGCACACGCUGGUGCGGGUUCCGCGGGGCGCCCAGCGCAAUGCCGCCCUUCUAAGCGUCGAGGCGGAGGCGCGGCAGAUGGGCGCGGCGUGCGCGGACGUGUACUUCCAGUCGGUGAACCUUACGGGAACAUGGGUUCGCACCAAGGGCCGUGUCUUCAGCGCCAACAGUGUUGCCAAGAAGAAGCACCCGCGUUGGUUGCGAUACGGCAAGGUGGAGUUGAAGGUCGUGCAUGGCCACACCAAGAGUGGCAUCGUCUACCUGAAUGUAUUCGUACGCAAUUUGAAGCGUGCAGGCUAUGUCGUGGGCGGCAUCCUCGGCAUGGACGACCACACCGCGGCGGUCGCGCCCAAUCAGAAGUGCCGGAACACGAUCAGCUUGUAGACGGGCCUGAGAACGCCUCCACCACAUCAGUCGAUUUUGAGUGUGGAGGGCGUGCGUGUGUCUUUUGUGUUCUGAGACGAUCAGAGCCUGAAUGCUGGCACUAAUCCGUUCACGAUAUUGUGGUGCCAGCGGUAAGAAAAA